GAGGGGUUAAUGCCGGCCUCUCCCACAAUCCUCCGCGCGGCUGCAACGUAGCCGGAAGAUGGCGGCGGAGAGACACUGACAUCACCGAUCACCACCGACCGACCGACAGCACCGAGCACAGGAUCACGUGACCCGCCGCCCGCAGAACAAUGGCCAGUCCUCGGACAAGGAAGGUCUUGAAGGAGGUUCGAGUACAGGAUGAGAAUAACACCUGCUUUGAGUGCGGGGCGUUUAACCCUCAAUGGGUCAGCGUGACUUAUGGUAUCUGGAUAUGUCUAGAAUGUUCCGGAAAACAUCGGGGCCUCGGAGUCCAUCUCAGCUUUGUCCGUUCGGUCACCAUGGACAAGUGGAAGGAUGCGGAGCUGGAGAAGAUGAAGGCCGGUGGGAACGCCAAGUUCCGCCAGUUCCUGGAGACGCAGGAGGAAUACGACGCCUGCUUGAGCCUGCAGGAGAAGUACAACAGCCGAGCGGCAGCUCUCUACCGCGACAAGGUUGCCACGUUGGCUGAAGGGCGCGAGUGGUCAGAGGAGACAUCUUCAGCCCAAAACUGGACUCCUCCGCAGCCGAAGAUGAUGGGCGGCCCGUCUCAUCGCUCAAAUGUUGGCAGCGGCAACACCGGAGGGAGAUCUGGAGACAAGGCGUUUGAGGACUGGUUGGAUGAUGACAUCAAUUCCUAUCAGAGUGGCGGUGGUGCAGGGAACCAGGAAAAUCGAUACGUCGGUUUCGGGAAUACCGUUGAUCCUCCGAAGAAAGAAGACGAUUUCUUGAACACCGCCAUGACCUCGCUGUACUCGGGCUGGAGCAGCUUCACCGUCGGGGCCAGCAAGAUUGCAUCUGCUGCCAAGGAAAGUGCAACCAAGCUGGGAACACAAGCCACACAGAAGGCCUCUGAGUUAGGCCAGACCAUUAAUGAAAAUGUUGUCAGACCAGCCCAGGAGAAGGUAAAAGACGGACGAAUCUUAGAAGAUGUUGGCAGUUCAGUAUCCAGUCUAGCGUCAAAGGUGCAGGGUGUUGGGACCAAGAGCUGGAAAGAUGUCACCAGCUUUUUCUCAGGGAAGAGUGAGGACAACCCAGACGGUUCUGUGCCUGGCGAAGGCUACCAGCAAAGCGACAGCGACGGCUACCAAAACGCUACUUCAGGAAAAUCCUUCUGGGAGACAUUCGGCAGCUCCGAGGAAAUCAAGAAGCCAACCAAGUCGCCGAGCGGGGACAGCUGGACAUUCCCGGAGAACGCGGCAGAGAGGAAGAGCUCGGAUAGCUGGGAGGUGUGGGGCUCCGGGACCCCCUCCAACAACAAGAACAGCAAUAGCGACAGCUGGGAGAACUGGGACAGCCACUGGGAGGCUGACGGGAAGGGGAAGAAAGGGGGCAAGAGCCAGGCGCCCUCUACGGAUGACGGCUGGGAAAGCGCUAACUGGUAGAGCGGAGGUGGGAAAACUUGACGGGGUGGAGUUGGGGAAACUUGAGUACCUUUAACAAUCCAGACCAGAUAUAGUAUAAUGAUAUCCCAGGAUGCUUUUGGUGCAGACAUGGCACCUCUUUUACUGCAGCAUUCGUAUUACAGUCAUUGUCUUUUAUACCUGCUAAGCAUCUCUGGGAUUAAAGAACUCUGAUAAAAUGUAUUUAUAA